CCAAGGUGAUGACUGAGACCACCAUCCAGCUCCCAGAGGUGAAUGUUGGAACUGUCACAUAAUGGCUCAGCAGGCGCGGCAGGUCUCAGGGAGAGCAGGUCCUGAAGCAGGUAUCCCCGCUCCUGACGCUCCCAUGGCAGGACCUGAGAAGCUUCUUGUGGCAAAGCAGAAAGGGACAUCUCUGACUCCUGGCAGUCUGGCUGAGCCUCACACCUUUGUUCUACCACCACACACUGCUGGUGAGGCAAAGCUCCAGCACAGAUCCCAACCAGUGGCCAUCUCACAGGUCCCCCCACCACCUCCAUGCUAUGCUCUUCCCUUCCUUGCACCGACUCCACCCUUCUCAACACCAUACAUGGUACCAUCUGUGCAGCUUCCUCAAGAGCCUGGACCCUCACAGGUUGUGCCUGGAAGCUCUCAGAUUAUGCUUCUCAACAUGCCAUCAGCUACUCAGGCGCUAACAUCCGGUCAGAGUAACGUGCCGUACACCACACAGCAGAACAGGGAAAGACAAGAGGAGAGGGAGCAAUCUGGAUCAGGCAAAAGAAAGUCAAAAAGACAGACGCCAUCCUUUGCAAAAAGUGCAACAAAGACAGGAAGCCACCAGCCCACUUACAGUACUUUGGCAAUUGGUUCUGUCAAGAAUCAGAGAGCCGGUCCUAUGAGGACUGGAGGCUGUGCUGGAGCAAAGAGGGUAUGGGACAAAAAGAGAGGGGAUGCACCUUAA